AUAAAUAUGGCGUCGGUGCAUUGUAUUCAGAAAUCCGUUUGUUUUCUAUUAAAUAUUUACACAUAGUUAUAAAGACAAUAACGCAAUCGCACAAAUGUUUUUACACGCCAUUACGAAAUAUGAAGGUCGUGUAUUAUUAUUAGACGUAACAACCAAGAGAAAGGUGUAAUUACAGAUAACAAGUUUUGUGAUUGUGCAGCUAUGUCAGGAGAAAGGGACGAAGGCCCUGUUUAUUACAGGGAGAUACAAAAGAAUGCAUACCUCAAACGGAUACCAAACGAAGUGAGCGUCAGCAAACUCAUACCAUUGGCGCACAAGAAACCCCCUCUCAAACCGAUGUGGACACAACUAUGUAUACACAAUGGCAGGACUCCUUACCUCGAGCAGUAUCCCGAAGCGGAGCACCCGUGCGCCCUCUCUCACCGGCCGGUGUGGCGCGCCUGUCUGUCAGCGGCCAGGCACGUCACCGGCAGUGUGAGGCCAAGGCAGGGCCAGGAGUAUGACUUCCUAGUGGACACGGACCAUGGACCUGUGAGGAUGCUGGCGCCUGAUUGGGAAACGAUGCAGGACUGGGUGACGACGCUGCGCAACAAGCUGGCCGAGCUGAAGAUCACCGGCAAGGGCGAGAACGUAUAUUGCAGCCCGCCCGCGCCGCCGCCGCCGCGCGCUGCCGCCCGCGACCCCACCUCGCCGCUGCCGCCCACGCCGCCCGUGCCGCUCGACAUAGUCCCCGGCAUAGAGAUAGUGCCAAACCGGCAACCGGAAACGCCGCCCGAACCGCCAGAACCGGAACCCGACACGUCCUGGGAACCGUUCUCGCUACCCAGCACGUCGUCGCAGAGCAGAGAACGGAAGAACGUGGCCAAGAUCUGCGGCCAGAACAUAUGUCUUGACGAUUCUGUGUUGAAGCGAGAAGCGACUGACAGCGACGAGGAGUUCUUUGCUGAGAUUGACAGGGCGCAUGAUGAGUACAGGCAGACCGUUGUGGUGGGGGAAGUGGAGGAUGCGACGGCUUCCACGAGUGCGGAGGGGCAGGGGAGCGACCGCCCGUCGAACAUAACAGUGAUCCAGGUUUCAAACAAAGACGCGCCGCACACGGCAAUACCCGUCUUAGGCCCCGAAACAGACGUAUUCGAUUUCGAAUUCGCGAAAACCGAGCCCACGCCUGAACCGAGCUUCGUGAACAUCGUCAACACGGAAGUGAACGUACAGAACUCGGAAUACGGCACGGUGUUCGCGAAAACCGAGCCAGAAUACGGCCACCUGAGUCUGACAACGACAGCUGUCAACGUGACAGACGUCAGCGUGACAGAUGUGACAGCUGUCACCGUCAACGAGGAUAAGGAUGGUUUGUACGAGAGGCUGUGCAUGGCGUCGACUUCUGCCGAGCCGAGGCCGUCUCCUUUACCGAGGAGGCUGAGAAAUGCGGAGAAAACAAGGAAAUCUUCGUUGCCGAAUCUAGAAGCAAACGAUUCGGCGUACGAAUUUUUAUUUCUAAGUCAGCAACAACAACAACAAAAUGUGACGACUACGGAAAUUAACGCGAGUACAAGAGAUAAUGUGGCUGAUAGUGCGGAAAGGCUCAGGUCUAACGUGGAAAGAUCUAGAAGCCAUAACGCGUACGACAAUUCACCUAGAAGGCAGGUGGUUAGAGUGCAAAAUGGCAGCCCAAAAAGGGAGGUUAAGACUGAGAAACCCGAACAGCCUCAGAAGCCGAUAUGGAAGCGAGGUUUGACGGAGCUGUCCCUCCUCACGAGACUGCGCGGGAUCGGCAACGGGAAGAGGUCUGAGAGUCCGCAGAGGCAAGAGAACGAGGCUAAUGAUAGGAAUACAUCUUCUCCUGCGAAGGUAGUGCAUCGUUCGCGGACGGACGCGCGAGUGGACAGCAGUCGAAGACGCAGCAGCUCGCUUAGUAACGAGGAGCGUCCGUGCGGCGACGUGGUGCUGCGCGGGCUGCGCGUGCGCGAGGCGCGCCGCCUCCGCGCCGAGCAGCGCCGCGGCGCCGCGCUAGUCGCGCCCGUCAGGGCCAGCGAACCGCCAGUACUCGUCGACUACGAGCGGAGAGUGUGGGUGGCGUGGUGGGGAGCAGGCGGGGCGCGGUGGGGGGGCCGCUGUGGGGACUGUCUCGUCGCCGUGCGGGGGGUGCCUCCCGCCAACGCGAGCAAAGCAGCCGCCGCCUUCAAACACUCUAGGCAUCAUACGGUGGACGUGUUGUUCCACAGAGUUCCACUCGGCACCAUAUAUCUUUUGAACAAGAGAGAUAAAGAGAGCAUAGGAAUAAAACUGGACAACGAGUGUAACAUAACGAGCGUGGAGGAGGACUCGCCGGCGGCGCGGGUCGGCAUCCCGCCGCCGGGCAAGUGGGCCGUCACGGAGGUCAACAACAGGACCAUUAACUUGCUUAAGGGAGGCGAAGAAGAAAUGAACAAAAUCUGCCAUCACGGCACGGAAGCAACAGUUCUCAUCCAGCCUUCAGACUUCGUGAAGAAGCUACGAGCCGCUCUCAAGUCGAACAAGUCUUUACUGGGACUCAGGUAAAAUUGACUCAUCUCAUCUCCUCAGCCUACAACUGUCCACUGCUGAACAUAGGCCUCUCCUAGAGCGCACCACGUUGCUCGCUCCUCCGCUCUCCUCAUCCACCGGUGAACCUGCGAAUGUCGUCGGACCAGCGGGUCGGACGUCGUCUUGACUAAAAUUGACUAUACUUGUGUAACGUGUAGGGGUAAUAUCGGAUAAUUGUGUAAAACCGUCAACAUUACUGCUAAAUUAUAUCUAAUAUUUAUAGGUCUCAGCUAAAAUUGGCUUUAUACUUGUGAAUUGUGAUGGGGUAAUAUCGGAAUAUGGGGUAAAACCGUCAUAUUAUUAUUAAACAAGACACUUUCUAAAACAGACAACACGAGAGUGCCACUUUGCAAUGUACCACAAUUGUUUUGAGUUAAGGUUAAACAAGAUGUAAAAUGCAUCAUAAAGACCCACAUGAGUCGCGUUCCGGGAUCAGUCUGUGUAUCCGAUCUUGCCGGUGUGGUAUCUCGUCAGUGGAUUCACUAUCUGGGCGUCAGCUACCAUCAGGUGCGGUGAAGUCACUUUACUGGACACAUUACAAAAGGUAAUGUUUAAUCGACGAUCUUACUCCAUUAUCCGAACUUACCCCAACACUAUAUAGGGUGAUACGAAAUUUUAUAAGUAUCAAAACUUUACAAGAAAUUGUACCAAUGUAUAUUUUAUUUAAUAUUAGAUUUGAUUGUGUUAUGUAAAAAUAAUUCAAGACGGUGAACGAACGAACGUGGUGAGUCCAUUCGGCUCCUAAUAAAAGCAGUUUCAUAGUAAAUGUAUGGCAGGCGAAUUCAUGCGACUUGGCGCGGUUAGUCAACGCCGAGCAGAACACUAAAGCGUAAAUACGUAAUGGACGCCAACGGAAUUCCAUUUUUAAACUUUUUGUAUGUAAAUUAUGCGACGUAAUUUCGGUCGUGACGCUUUUUCCGUCUACGCCGAAACAGUCGUAGGUGUUUAGUCAAUUUGAAACAAUUUUAGGCAAUUUUCGGAGCUCAAAUUUAUAUAUGUAAUAUGACAAUAUAUUUUUCAUAAAACAUGUCUAUUUAUGACAGCUAAUUGUAAGAACCAUAAAUAUUUCGCACGUUUCGCGCGUAAAAUAAUUUAAAUUUGGAAUAAAAUUUUAAAAAAAUCGAUUAAAAUUUAAAAAAUCGAAUGUGUACAUUUUUGUAAAACCUUUUUCGUCGAAAACUUUUUGAAAACCAUAUAUUUCGAAGGAGUUUAUAUGAAACAAUUAUUAUAUUAGCAAGAAAUUAUAUUGUCUAUAGAUAAUUAAAAUAGUAAUAGUUUAUAGCACGUUAUACAGCGUGAUGUUUAUAUGCGGUAGCUUUUGUACCAUUUGAACGACAUUUAAAAAGUUUCAAUCCACUUUUUUUUUUUUAUUAGUGUUUCAUAAAAAGACAUAACUAUAUAGUUAGUUAUAGACCGGACAUAAGGACCAAAUUAUUGCUUCAAAAGUUAUUACCAAUUGGUUAUAAGUCGCUGUCUUAUUUGAAAUGUCCGUAUGGCAGGAUGUCACAAUGUCCUUUGAUAUUAAUACAAAAAUCGACGCAAACACAACAAAAAUCCUCAAAAUCAAAUAGGAUUUUGGCAUUGACGUAUAUUCUAUAGACACGAACGUCCAUAUAAAAUAUUUGUUCAAAAUCUGAAGUAAAAUGGCGACCAAAACGUCACUGUUAUAACCUAUUUAUUCACUUGAACAACAAAUAAUUUCACUUAUUUGACUAAUAUUUUUUUAUUCAAAUCCAAGUUUAAACUUAGACUCGAGUUCUUAUAUCAUGAGCGCCGCUCCGUACACAACCACAAGCUGUCAAUAUUGACCAUACUGAAGUCAAUUUGAAUGGAUAUCAGUUCAAAUCAGUUGAACACAGUGAAUGUUCGGAACGCCAAAUCUAGUACGUAGUACAUAUACAUCGACGGAUUUUGGUGAUUUUUUUUAGUUCAGUACAGCUUUAAUUCUUGUGAGACUGUCAUUUAAACUGACAGCUGUCAAGUAACGCCCAGCGGCUAUAUGUGUCGGCGCGUAAAAACGCGCGAUUCCCACCUUUAUAGACGAUAUGCGCCAUAAACAAUGUAAUAAAUCAUAAACCUUUAUUCCGUAAACGGUGUUAUAUUCAUAAAAAGAUUGUGGAUAUGGAUAUCUACAAUAUAUAAAUUUGAUAUUACGACUUCAGUAUGUAAAUAUAAUUAUUACUAGUUUUAGGUACCCGAGCAAGACACUAAAUGUCGAAUAAUAUAAAAUCCAAACAAUAUUUUGUAUGAUCGUUACACUCAAUACAAUGUAAAAGAACUGAAGUAUCAGCAAUACAUCACAUCGAAGGUACCUGAGACCGAAAUGUUUAUAUUAGCCACUUGAAAAUAUAAACAAAAACUGCUCGCGUCGUCUGUUUAUACUUCACAUUCCAAGCCUCGGUUUUUUGUUUUCUUAGGACGCAAGUGUUGAAUGUUGGUUGUUAUAAAAAAACAAAACAUUCUUCGACCCAUUUUUUUGGAUUUUCCCUUGUUUCACUACUCCGAAACUUAUCAAAUUAUAUUAUAAUUGAAAGGUCAAUUUUCAAGGUUUCGAAUGGUUACAAAAUUUAUUUAGCUAACCACUAUUACCCUUAGAAUCUAUAUAUAUUGUGUUUCCUGGAAAUAAGAUUACAUUCCAAGUUGAAGAUAUAAAAAAAAAAAACAUUCUAUUGUUCCAUUGUAAAUAAUAAAUAAAAUAAAAAAUAAUAAAUAAAAUACUUUAUUUAUCACGUAGGCGAACAAAGUUGCACUUAUGAUACGUCAAAACAAAGAAUAAGAAUAAUUAUUAUUUCUAAACAACUAUUAAAAUUACUUAUAUAACUAUGGACAUUUUAAAUUAGGGAUAAAGUUUAUCCAAAAAACAAGGUACAAACCGAAGUAACCAGCUCGGGCUGGCAAGUAGGGGGAAGUAGAAGGGUAACGCGUCGCGAUCCUCACCGGCGAGGACAUGAGCCCUAACCUAGCUAACCUACCAGCCUUUAACUAGCUAUUGUAUGUAUUGUUUGUGCUGUAGUGUUGAUCCGCUAACUUUUCGACAAUAUUAUCGACUAUUUUCGAUAAUUGUCCGAACCAUACAAUUGUAAUUGUGCUAUCACAAAAUAAGAAAACUAUAGCCAAUUUGUAUCGUUGUUUUAUUGCAUGAUAAGUUAUAAUAAAACAUAAUUUCCAAUUUGUAACAAACAUAUUAUUACUCUUUACAUCGCAUACGUAAAUAUUAUCUUUUCAUAGAACUAUACAAUCGAGGCUCUAUUUUCAUUACACAAUAAAUAAAAGUAUACAAAAAGUAUAUGAUAAAAAAAUGGUAAAAUAAAAUUGAUAUAAACACAAUACCAUAACGCAUAAAGUUUGAAAUACAAAAUAUUAUAAGGGCAAUUGCGAAAGAAAUGA